ACGACGACGCCCCGCCCCCCUCCUCCGUUCAGUGGGAAGCGCCUGGCAGCCAGCGAGCGCGGUACGGGACGAUGGCCUCGCCGAGGACGGUCACUAUCGUGGCCCUUUCUUUCGCCCUGGGCCUGUUCUUCGUGUUCAUGGGGACCAUCAAGCUCACGCCGAGGCUGAGCAAGGACGCCUACAGCGAGAUGAAAAGGGCGUACAAGAGCUACGCCAAGGCAUUGCCGGGCCUGAAGAAGAUCGGGAUCAGCUCAGUGCUGCUCCGCAAGAUCAUCGGCUCCCUGGAGGUGGGCUGCGGCGUGGUGCUCACCCUGGUGCCGGGCAGGCCCAAGGACGUGGCCAACUUCCUGCUGCUGCUGGUCAUGCUGGCCGUCCUGUUCUUCCACCAGCUGGUGGGCGAUCCCCUGAAGCGGUACGCCCACGCGCUGGUCUUUGGCAUCCUGCUCACCUGCCGGCUGCUCAUCGCCCGCCAGAGCGACGAGCGGCCGGAGAGGGAGGACGGCCGAGAGGAGCAGCAGCACAUGAACGACCAGGAGAAGAACAAGGUCAAGCAGUCUUAAGAUCCUCUCCAUCCCACUUUGGUCCGAGCCACAGCGAAAGGGGAACCUGGGAUUGUAGUUAUUCGAAUCUUGAAGGAAACAGUCGCUCCCAGUAAUAACAGCCCUCACAACAAAAACCCCUGUCUCAUCCAGCUGGCUGUCUGAAUACGCUCACCCACCCCUCUGCACUCUUACUGUGAAACUGAGAACACCUGAUCCGUACAUCCUUAACAUAACCGUGGACAAUCGUACCUGUGGAAACUCUGAUGAGCUCGGCUCAUUGUAAAUGUAGUCGAUCCCGUUUUCCCUAUUUAUUUCAGUCCAACACUGUGCUAAACAUAUUUGUUGUUUUUGUUUUUAAUGAAGUAUGACUUUGGUUGGUGUUACAAAUUGAUUUGAGAAUGCAGUUUUUCAUGAAAGAAUCUUUGUAGCUUGUUUUUCUAAUUUGUUUUUAUACUCUUAAGUAGGAGAGACUGAUGAAUUAUGGAUUUCAAUAUUUCAAGCAUGUUUCAACUGGUCAAAACAAUACAAUAUAAACCAAAAGGAGCAGUGUUGAGAGGAUUUUGUACUAACCAAAUAUUAACAAGUCUAACAUGCCCACAUGUUAUUUUGGUGCAGUGUUACCCGAAGGCUAUUUUAGAAAGAAAAAAAUAUACACGUCCUCUUUCAUCUUUCAUUUCAUUAGGUUUUUUUGCACUAGUACACGUGAAACCCUUUCUCCUGAAAUAAAAUGAGAUGAAUUUCCCUUUUGUCCUUUCAGUCGAGUUAUCACAGUGGAGUUGUUCAGCUGGGAAGGACAGCAGGGGCUGCCUCAGGUUCGCUGCUAGCUUGUACAGCAGAGCAUAUCUAAAUCAAAAAAGUCCUGCCUGUCAAAAAUUGAAUUUUACCGUUUUCUUAAUUCACAGUGUAUGUCUUGUAGGACGAAUAAAGGAUUAUCUUAUCUUAAACAACUUCGCUGUCUUCAAGCAGUUCUGCUCAUCCAUUUGGUUUUGUUUUUACUCUCAAGAUAUGAAAAUCAUUCCUAUUGCAGUUUUCCUUCGGGGCUGAAAAUCCUGUCAGAUUUGAGAUUCACAACAUUUCUGUAAAUUAUAUACUUAAAAUAAAGAAUUGGAAGUAUAA